AAUUUUUUCAAUCGAUCUGAAAAUGAAUUUCUCUCACAAAAGUUUUAUGAUGCUAUGGAGAACGUGUCUGCGAACCUCCCUUAUUAUAAUCAAAAAUGUGAUAGUAUUAGGGUAGAAAGAAAGAAUAAUGAAAACAUAUAUGAACAGAAAUAUAUAGAGUAUUCAUUAUGGCAUUUUCCAAAGUCUGAACACGAUAAAUGUAUUUUAUUAAAUUAUUGGGUAUACAGUAAAUUGGAUGGAAUUUUUAGUUUAAAUAAUCUUUCUGUUAUUCUUCUAGCUUUUGCCCCACUCCAACAGAUAUGGAAUGAUAUGGUUGAAACACUAUCACGGGACCCUCGCUAUAAAAUAUGUUGGCCAGACAGUGUUACUAUUAUGCAAAAAGACUGGAAGAAAAAAAAAGAAUUGUACGAUUAUUAUGUCGAUUAUGAUUAUCUUUUACGUAUGGCUCAAAUCCAUAAAAACAAUGAAUGCAAAUAUUAUAAUAAACUUAAAGAAAUGCUUUCAUUAUAUGAAACGUUUGAGAAGGUAUGUGAACCUAAAGGGGACAGUUGUCCAGACGUCUUUUAUAAAUGCCAGAAAAAAAUAUUGAGUCUGCGAUAAAUGGAUAAUCCUUCGCUUCAAGUUACAGUCCACACAGAAGAGAAUCCAGAACGUGCAGAAGAUCUUGAAGUUCAUAUUAUAAAUGCAUUUACAGCAGAAUCUGAUACCCAUUUAGAUAGUAAAAAUUCAGGAAUUGGAACAAAAGUUACUCACUCAAUUUUUGGCGCAGCUCCAGUUUUAUUAACUGGAACUGUUUUAUAUAGAUACGAACUUAUAAACACAUUUUUUUACAAGUACAAGAAUAAUAAGAAAUGUAUUACAUAUCUAUAUUUUAAUUUUUACAUACAAGUUCACACCUUUAGGUCCCUGGAUUCGUGGGCUCUUUGGAGACACAACAAACAGUAA